CCAGUCAUCCAACAUGCUUUGAAUAGACAAUACACGCUAAAACUUCAAAAGCAUACAUCCACCCCUCAGCACUUUAACAGCCGAAAGCCAACAACUCGAUUUCACCAACUAUGCCCCUUCGCAAACAGAACGCUCGCAACACUGGCAAAGCCGGACCCAAAAUGGCCACCAAGACCACUAAAGACGAUAGUAACCACCAAUUAGUUCCCAUCCAAAGCUUCAACACUUUUUACAACGUUCCAGCGCCAGCGCCAGUCCCAUCCCACCCCUUCGCUCACAACGACCUCCUCAAAAGCCUCCUCCCCCACCACGGUUACGACUACUCCAUGUUCCACCUCGUCCACCCAGAUGGCAUCAACCACGAGAACUACCUCGCCAUUGAGCCUGAGCACGCCGACUGCAUCAUCAACGCUCUGUUCAAAAGCAGCGGCGGCAUGGAACCCUACGGCUACGGCUACAACCAACAUGUUGGUAACCGUGCCGAGCCUCCUCCAAGUAGCCACCUGAACCUCGUCGUCGAAAGCGGUCUAACGACCCUCUUCAACGCGCUCCACGAUGUUGCCAGUGAGCUGGACCUCGCCGAGAUGCAGCUCAUCGGGAACGACACUGACAAGGCGGGUGCCGGAUACCUUUCCCCCUUUUGGGAGAAGGUAGUCACCAACCCCAAGUACUCAGGGGCCUGGUUCCAUGUCGACGUCCCUCAGGGGCAUGGACAUGGACAGGGCAAGCCUAACAACGUCGGUACUACCAAAUGGAAGGUACCCAAGAGUUGGACCGGCUAUCUUCGUACCAACCCUCCCAUGACCCGAGCUCGAGGCCGUGAAGCCACGGUCCCGUAUCUCUGCUCCAUGUCUCGUCCCAAUCCCGAAGAAGUGCAUUUCUUCCCCUCCGGGACUUCCCCGGGUCCCGGAUACAAGCCCCUCACGACCUUAAACACCAGUCCCGGCCUCUCAUCCUCAUCCACCAGUGAAGCUCUCCAUAAAGCUUGCUUAGCCCUGCACUCUCUCACGGCCCUCAUACUCGACGCGCGGGAAUACGUCAUCGAGCGUCCCGGACGCUUCCCGUCUCGUAACCUUCCUUCCAGUGAUCCACUCGUCCUGGCUAUUGACCAGUUCCGGAACUACCUUGAAUCUGUCCCCGGUCUACAAUUCGAGGAGUCCAUCCAGCAGGCCUUCUAUUCCUACCACGCCACCGUCUUCCGCUUGGAGCUUCCCGUUGCGGCCGGGUUAUUUGGCGGUAAUGGGACUACCAUGUUCCAGUUUAAGCCGGCCCAUGUGUCGAGGGACACGGGGAAGGUCGUGGAUGAAUCGGUCAUGGUGGCCAGUGUGAGCUCGGCAGGAUCGUCGGAUGUGGACGGGGACGAGGACGAGGAGGAUAGAGACUUGUCAUCGGAUACGGAAUCCGAUUACGCUUGUAGUAGUUAUGCUAGGUUUGGUUCGGCCAAGAAGUUUAGGAGAUGA